AUGUUGCUUUCUUCCGUCCUCACGCUUGUUCCGCUUGCCAUCAGUGGCGCUCUAGCUUUGCCCACCUCUGACUCGGCUGGUAUCGCGUCGAAACCGCAACUCUCUGGACCCAUUGGUCCCACGCAACCCGGCUGUGGCCCCGCUGGCUGCCACAACCCGACCGGAACGUUUGGUCUGGAACGAAACUCUCACAUGUACCACUCGCUGUGCCACCCUCACAGCGGCUUGGCUCAGAAUGACCAUCGAAGCAAAGCAUGCUUCGACACCAACCUGAAGCUCGAGAAGUAUCUGUCCGCUCCCAGCCCGCGCAAGCUCAAGGGAUACAUUGACGGAAGCGAUACCAACUUUGUGCUCUUCGCCGGCCAAAUCAUCACUCUGGACGAAAAGCUCGAGAUUCACGUGGAUGAGGUCAAGGGUAACAAGCGUGCCAAAAAGCUCGGUUGUGCUAGGGUCAAGAUCUACCACUUGCCCACGUGGACCUUGGAGGUGGACCAAGUUUGGUGUGCUGGACACAAUCAGCCCAUCAAGCUGUAA